GAUUUCCGGGCACACUAUUCCCGCCGUUUUCAACAUUUCCCUCCUAAUUUGCUGUUUGUUUGUUUUGUAAAAUGGAUUUGGCUCUUGAAAAUAAACAAUUGGCCUCCACGGAAAAAGCCAACCUUUCGCCCUUAAAGCGAACGCUCGAGCUGGAGGAGCAGAGUGAGCCCUCGGUGCAGUCGGCAGAGAAGCCUCCGCCGACCAACAAGGAUGAGCAGCAGUACUUGGACCUCCUAGCACACAUCAUGGCGAACGGAGAACGUAGGAUGGACCGCACACAGGUGGGAACACUGUCUGUGUUCGGCGCCCAAAUGCGCUUCAAUAUGCGUGGCGACUCCUUUCCCCUGCUGACAACGAAGCGUGUGUUCUUCCGCGCUGUGGCCGAGGAGUUACUAUGGUUCGUCGCUGGCAAGACGGACGCCAAGCUCCUGCAGGCAAAAAACGUUCACAUAUGGGACGGGAACAGCACCAGGGAGUUCCUGGACAAGCUUGGUCAUACGGACCGGGCUGUUGGCGAUUUGGGUCCAGUAUACGGCUUUCAGUGGCGGCAUUUUGGGGCAGAGUACCGGACGUGCAACGACGACUACAGCGGCCAGGGCAUCGACCAGUUGCGUCAGGUGAUCGAGACAAUAAAAACCAAUCCGUCGGACAGGCGCAUUAUCAUGUCUGCAUGGAAUCCCCUGGACAUACCAAAAAUGGCAUUGCCGCCAUGCCACUGCCUGGCGCAAUUCUUCGUCUCCCAGGACCGUGGCGAACUGUCCUGUCAGCUGUACCAGAGGAGCGCUGAUAUGGGCCUGGGCGUACCUUUCAACAUCGCUUCCUACGCCCUGCUCACCCACAUGAUAGCCCAUGUGACUGGUCUGAAACCCGGCGACUUCGUUCAUACCAUGGGUGACACGCAUGUCUACCUAAACCAUGUGGACCCGCUAAAGGAGCAGCUGCAGCGCACGCCGCGCACGUUUCCAAAACUGGUGAUCAAGCGCAAGGUGCAGGACAUUGAGGACUUUCGCUUUGAGGACUUUGAGAUAGUCGAUUACAAUCCCUACCCAAAAAUCCAGAUGGAAAUGGCCGUUUAGGCCAUAAGCGCCACUAUCAAGGAGGAAGUGAUUCCAUUAAAAAUGUUAAAAUUGCUUAUCCUAUGUUAUUAUUCCCAAUUUUAAUUUGGAUUUUGUAUGUUAAUUCGAAUAUUAUCCAUAGAUUGGAUUUCGUAUCUAAUUUAUAAAAAAAAUCUAAUAUACUUUUGAGAAACAUAAAAUUAA